UACAAAACCACUGGUUUCCUUCCCCCAAACCUUAAAUGUAACCCCAUUUUCCCUCACUAUAAAUAAUUACUCAAUUUCAGUCUACUCUCAAGUCUUUCUGCUUUCAUCACCCCCACCAAAACCUCUCUCUAAAAAAUAUUUUUCCCCCUUUCUCAAAAGUCAGCGCCUCCAUUACAAAAACAAAAACAAAACAAAAAAAACUUACAUUUUUUUUUUAUCAAAGUUUCAUACAUACUUCCUCCGUUUCAGAAUAGUUCGUCGUAAUGGGAGAAACAACAGAGAUCAACGAUUGUUGGUCUCUGUUAGCCGUGGUGAAAGAGUGUGCUAGAAAAGCUAAACUCAGAGCUGAUCAGAGUACACUAACUGCAACAACAACAACCACCGCCACCACCGCCACAACCACCACCACCGCCGCCAAUCACGGUUGUCCCGGGACAAGCCAGUCUUAUUCUCAAAACCCAUUUUACAACCAAUUUGUUCCGAAGAACAAUUCGGUUGGUUUUAUGCUACCAUCAGCAGCAGGCGUUGCGCCUGCUGCUGAUGGUAGCGUGUCAGAAGACGAGCUUACGAAUUUGUACAAACCCUUUUUGAUGACUUAUCAUGGUCCCGUUAUUAGUACUACUAUCAAAGCUGAACCUGUUGUUGAAGUUUCUGGGAUUAAUUCAAGUAAUAACAAUCUUGAUCUGCUCAUUGAUCAGCAAAAUCUUCAUCUAAGAAAUUUCCAGAUCAGUCCAAAGCAGAGUUCAAGUUCCACUGCCGUUGGUUGUAUCUAUAAGAAGAAGAAGUUUGAAGAUAGAAGGGUGGUGAAAUAUACUUUGGAAGAACUUUCAAAAAAUGAUAAAUGGGCAUGGCGUAAGUACGGUCAGAAACCUAUCAAAGGCUCUCCUUAUCCGAGGAACUACUACAGGUGUAGUAGCAUAAAAGGAUGCAAGGCAAGGAAGCAAGUGGAGCGGAGCCCCAUAGACCCGCUUAUCUACAUAGUUACCUAUACUGACCACCACCACCACCCGUGCCCACCCACCCGUAACUCAAGUGGGCCUCGGGUCAAGAUCACCAUGCCCGAUCCGAUCCCGUCACCAAAGAUAGAGUCACCCACAAGUAUCGUACCAGUUCCUAAGUACGGGUACGGGUUAAGUGGUAAUAAUGGGGUGAAGAUAGAGUUUGAAGAUCUUGAUGGUGAGAAGAGCUUUGGUAGUGGUUCAAUGGAUGAAGAUCAUGACAUUUCGAUGGCGGAUUCGGGUACUUUAACGGGUAUGGAGCAGCUAAAUGGAGGAGGAAAGUGUCCUAGUCCUAGUAGUAGUGGUCAUAGUAAUAGUUAUUACUACAAUGAGAAUCAUGUUGGAUAUUAUAAUAAAGGGUGUGACCCGAAUGUGAAAAUGGAGGUCCAAUUGGAGGAAAAUGGGUUGUCCGGGUAUGAUAUUGGGAUCCGUGAAAUGUAUGGUUCUGCUCCAGCAACGUUGGCGGAGGCGCAUGAGGCGCCGAGUAAUAUGGGAAGACAGAACAUUUGGGGUAAUGGGGUGAAUAAGGCUCAAACUUUCUUUUUUUAGUAAUGUUCUAGAAGGUUUUAGUUAGGAGUAAUAUCUUUUCGAGUGUGAGUAAAUUAUUGGGUGUUUCUUAAAAUAGAAGUGUCGUUCUUAUAAUUUAUUAAAACCUUUUUUCAGGUUUGAUAAGGUAAGGAUUGUCACUUCGAAUUUUACAAAACAGCUGAUUUAUUAGGGUUUUAAUUUAGCCUUUUCCUUUCAUAUAUAUAUGCUUUGUAAAUAUAAGAAAUGUGUUAGCACACAACAGGAGAUUAAAAGGCUAUAAAAUGGAUUAAAGUUCAAGUGA